AUUUAUAAAAGCGAUCGAUAGCGAAGCGACAGCUUCGGAUUAUCCGUCUGUUUCUUUUCUCAAAUGUCCAAAAAAAUCAUCUUAGCCUUGAGAGAUAGAGAGCACAAGAGAUUUUGAAGUGAGGAGAUUUAUUUUCUUGUGUUAUAUCUCCUCUGUUUCUUCUUCUACCUCUCUGUUUUGAGUGGUGAGCUGAAGAAGAAGAAGAAGAAGACAAGAAAAUGGAAAUGGGUCGUCGAGAUAUGAGACGUGGAGAAGGAACCAAUCGAUUAUCCAAGAAAAAAUCUGGAUCUGAGUAUUCAACAAAAUCGAAGAAAAGGAUGUUGAAGAAAGUGGAAGAGGAUGAGAAACUGAAUCAUAAGAAACGAGAGAUGAUGAUGAUGUGUUACGACUUUCCUGCUUCAGAUUUAGAAAAUGAAGAUGUCUCUCUGAAGAAGAAGAAGAAAUCUUCUAAGUUUCUAAAAAAGAACUUGAAGCAGAGUAGUAAUGGUUGUGGUGUGCAUCCUCAUGCCUCUGUACCAAGGAAGCUUCGUUCAGCCAUGAAGAAGAGGAGGAAUCUUGAAUCUGUUUCUAACCUAUCCUCUCCUUCAAAGAGACUAAGCCGGUCCAAAACCGAAACUGAAUCUCUUAAUACGGAUUUGGUUAAGGAUAAUCAAGAUGCAAAAGAUAUUGUCUCUAAGUCCAUGAUGAUUUCUAAAGAUGAGGAAGAAGUUGCUGAGACUUUAUUCGGUUUAGCUGAUAUGUUUACCGAGGCUAGCUCUCUUGAUAACAAGACUUGUGAUCCUCCUUUGUUAUCUGAUGAUGAUAAAGAAACAGCGAAAGAUGACUCCAUCUUAGUUGUGGAAACUGACUUUACCACCAAAGAUGAAUCACUUGAACCGGUGGUUUCAGUUCUCUCUUCAGCCAAACCUAAGCAGCUUGAUGAGAUGCCUUUACAGCAAGAUCAUAACCAGCGCAACUUAACAGGGAUGGUUGAUUUUCGUGAUAAAGUGAAGCAAAGCAGCUCAAUGAAUGUGACUAAUGCACCUACAAGAGCCAUUGAAACAAAGGCUGCAACAAGUGAUUUUGAAUAUAAGAGCAACGGUGAUCUUGCUCUGUGGCCAGGCCUAUCUUCAACCGUUCAAUCAAGUUCCCACGUUCUUUCAAAACCAUCUUCUACAAAGCUUCCACCAUGGAUGGGUCAAGCUGUUUCUCAUACCAAGAAUGCUUCACCGUUCAGCGUCCGUCCCAGGAAGUUUAAGAAAUGUGCCACUCACAUUUACAUUUGCCAUCUCAUCAAAGCAUUACAGACCAGUAAGAGCAACCAAGCUGAGCAAAGACCUUCAGAAGUGUCACAAUGCAGACUCCCUGAUCCUAGUGACUUUAAAACCAAGGUUGCUCCAUCCAUCAGGUAUCAAAAUCAACAUCUGAUAGAUUUGCACAAGACUUAUAGUCCAACACCAGUGGAAGAAGACAAGACUCAGCUUUCUUUGGAGCUUUAUGGUCCACACACUACUCAAAAACAGAGCUACGACUUCCUGUCUCUCUCAUCUACUAGAGAAGCACAAUCUCACUCUCCGUUCCCAAACUCAUUUCCACAAUAUCCUAUCUCUGCAGCUUACAAUAGCCAGCUCUCACCUGCAAUCUCUAGCCAUCAUCAGAUGCAGCAAAUGUCUCCUUAUCUAGCUAGUAGAUUCCAAACCGCUUACAACGCAAACCAGCAGCAGCAACAACAGCUUCAAAAACGGAUGUGGGCUGCUCAGUACAGACCAUUAACAAGUGGAAACCCCAUGCCGAACCAAUACAUCAAACCAAACCUCUCCCUGAACCUGGCUAGUAUUCAACCUCUACAAGUUGCUUCCUCGCCAAGGUACAACAACAAUGUAUCUCAACAACAACAUCGUCUCAUGUCUGCUGCUGCAGCAAUGUCAAUGAGCCAUCACCAUAACAACAACCGUUCAAGGACGGUGAUGAACAGACAAGAGCACCAUUUCCCACUUAUCUACGAAGAUACAAGAACGCCAUUGCAGCUACUCUGCAACGAGCAGUAUGGUUAAACUAGUUCUAAGGAUCAUACACUUGGUUUGAGGAAAAAACAGAGUUUUGUUCUGUCUUCACCUAAGAUUGAGAUGGUGUUUUUCUCAGGUGAUGAAAAUAGGAUGAAUAAGGUUUUUCAGAGAGUGGUGAUUGAAUCCACUUGUUCCAGAAAAAAACCUUAAAUGUCUUUUUUUUAUGUAAAUGAGAAUCAGAGGUUUGAGUUUUUAAUAGCAAGAUUACAGUUUCUUGUGCCUUAAGC